UAUUUCCGGUCUUUCGGGUGCUGACGCUCUCUUCCGGUCUCGGUGGCUCCAGAGAGGCAUUUGGGAUGCGCACGAUGAGGCUGCUGGUAUUUGUGGUGUUGGCUCUGUUUGCCACCACUCAAGCAGAAGAGGGAGCCAGGCUUUUGGCCUCCAAAUCACUGCUGAACAGAUAUGCUGUGGAGGGGCGAGAUCUGACCUUACAAUACAACAUCUACAAUGUUGGCUCUAGUGCUGCGUUAGAUGUGGAAUUAUCUGAUGAUUCCUUCCCUCCAGAAGACUUUGGCAUUGUCUCUGGAAUGCUCAAUGUCAAAUGGGACCGGAUUGCCCCUGCUAGCAACGUCUCCCACACCGUGGUUCUGCGCCCUCUCAAAGCUGGUUAUUUCAACUUCACCUCAGCAACGAUUACUUAUCUGGCCCAAGAGGAUGGGCCUGUUGUGAUUGGCUCCACCAGUGCACCUGGACAGGGAGGAAUCCUGGCGCAGCGGGAAUUUGAUAGGCGUUUCUCCCCCCAUUUUCUGGACUGGGCAGCCUUUGGGGUCAUGACCCUUCCCUCCAUUGGCAUCCCCCUGCUAUUGUGGUACUCCAGCAAGAGGAAAUAUGACACUCCCAAAACGAAGAAGAACUGAGUAGGCCUUCUACGACCCUCCUCACUCAAGAAAUCCAGGUGCUUUCCAGACUCCAAAGGAUGUAUCUUAAACGCAAUCUCCUCUUCUCCCUUAGCCCUUGGCCACCUCUCCUAGAUCCUGUCCUGCUCUCAACCAGAGUAAAGGACCAGGCCUAGGAGUCCACGAGAGUCUCCUUGGUUCCAUCAUGAAGCCAUACAAACAGGGAUGCCUUUGGCAACAGCCUUGAGCCUAGAGGGCCCUCUGGUGCUCCACCGAGGUGCUGGUAUAUUGCUGGCGAUGUGAACUCUCAGGGGUCUAGGGGGGCACUUCAGAGAUGGCCUGACAUCACCCACAUCCCUUGCCCUCCCCUUUCAGAAGAGUGUGGAAGAUGAAAUGAAGGCUGUGGAAUUCUUAGAGACUACCUAGUCUCUGCUCUGGGUCAGGGAAAUGCUUACUCAAUGGGGUUUGGGUUUUUUUUAAAUAAAAACAAAUGCCACACUGA